UCACCCAUCAGAUUUUCUUCCGGACGCUAAAAGCCGCCGAGUUUCCGUACAGCAGCCGGUCCCGCUCCCGCACCUCCUCCUGCAGCUUGGCCUCGGACACCCGGAGCUGGCGGAUGGUCGCCUUCAUCUCCUUCAUCUUCACCUCCAUCAGUGCGAUGAUGUCCCGCUGCUCGUUCAGUUUCCGCAGCAGCUCGGCCGACGUGGUGCCGGUGGUCAGAGAGUACGAGUGCUCCAGCGGGCUGCUGGUCACACUGACGUACUGCGCGGGCGGCUGGUGCGCGAUUUCGACCGAUGAAUAUUCGGCGGUCAGCUCGUCGCUGCCGACGCUGUAACAAGUCCCCUCGGACUGGGCGGGCAGCCGCGCCGUGCCCAGGUACUCCCCGUUCUGGCCUAUCUGCACCACGGUGAUGCUGUCGUCGCUCGCCUCGCCGCCAGCGUUACCCUCGGCCCCUUCGGCCGUGCUGCCCAGGGCGUUGGUGAGCACAAUCCCGGAGGUCGCUGCGGCGGCGGGGCCAGGAACCGCCGCGGACACUUUCCUGCCUCUGCCCCGCCGACUCCUGCGCUCGUUUACACCACGCAGAGGGAAGAGGGACGGCACUCGGAUGGUGUAGGUCUUCCUCCCGCCGGCGAAAUGCACGCUGCAGACCCGGUGUCCUGUGGUGGGUUGGAAGGUGCUGAAGCAGCCGCUGACCCCGGCCCGGGAGAUGUUCCUCAGCCACAGCUCCCUCAGCGUGGUGUCUUUAGGAAACGUGUAGAAGCGCAGGUCCCGGUCCCGGUGCGAGUUGUUGUAGCACCCAGGAACACAGCAGGUAAACCCGGGCAUGUUUAUGUCAACAACGAGGCCAAAAGCACGGUCUUCAAAUGAAGUUUAGCUUAUUUUAUUGUUGUUUCUUUAUUCUAUACGUUGUUAUCAAGCUCAGUGGCCUGCAAGCGGAACUACACGUCCCACAACGCUAACAACUUCCUGUUUAUUUUUCACCAAAAGUAAGCCGCUUUUCUUCGUACGACGAUUGAAUCCACCUUAAUUUAUCCGGACUCGACGCAUGCGGAGCUCUUACUUAUGCUGAUAUUUUAUUUUCGGUGGUAAAUGUCUCGGUUUGUUCUUCGCGGUGUUAUCAAGCCAACCGUCCUCCACUGAGAACUAGAAGUCCCAUAAUGCCUUGCGCGUCCUGUCCAGCUCCGUUAGUCGACUACCGCCCCCUGCUGGUCAGCGGGUGGUACAACACUCUGAGCUCUGCUGAGAAGUAUUGAUUCCAUGUCCAGAUGUUUUUAUUCAGUUAAUGUAUUUAUUAAAACACAAGCACACAGGAAACUAUGAUGAUAUGUUGAAGAACAGUAUAUGCUUUUCUCAAUAAUCAUGUUUUAAUCAGUGUCUGUUUACAUUUGCACAGAUACCAUUUUCUGUGCAUAUAAUAAAACUGGUUUAUUUGCGGCUCUGCACACCACACAGGUUUUUUCAAUUACACCGGCUUAUUCUUGCGUUAGUCAGUGUCCCUGUCCCUCCACACAGUCCUGCCGUUGCUACUGAAGUUACCAUUAGCAACUGGGCAGCGCGCGACUGAACAGCUUCAACGGCUGUUGAUGGUGUCCUGGUAAACACAGUACAGUAAGCUCUCCUGGACUUUUAGGCUCUUGGGAUAUCGGUGAGGCUCGCCAUGGUUAACACGUAAGGUCGCAGUGAGUGGCGCUGCCAUGUUGCCAGGAGUCGGUGUGUUUGGCACGGGCAGCACAGCCCGAGUGCUCGUCCCGUUGUUGAAAGCUGAAGGCUUUGAGGUUCAUGCACUCUGGGGGCGAAGCGAAGAGGAAGCGUGCUGCUUGGCAAAGGAGCUCGGUAUCCCCUUUCACACCAGCCGAUCUGAUGACGUCCUGCUGCACCAAGAUGUCGACCUCGUUUGCAUCUCUAUUCCGCCUUCAAUGACGAGACAGAUCGCUGUCAAAGCACUGGGUAUUGGUAAGAAUGUUGUGUGUGAGAAAGCUGCAACUGCUGUGGAUUCAUUCAAGAUGGUGACUGCAGCCAGAUACUACCCACAGCUGCUCAGCAUUAUGGGUAAUACCCUGCGCUUCCUGCCAGCUUUUGUGGCGAUGCGCCAGCUGCUGGUGGAGGGAUACGUUGGAGAAAUGCAGGUGUGUGAUGUCCGAGUCUAUGGCCCCAGCCUCCUGGACCAGUCCUACGGCUGGACGUGUGAGGAGCUGAUGGGAGGAGGCGGCCUACACACCGUCGGCUCGUCCAUCAUCGACCUUUUAAGUUAUUUAACCGGUGCUCGAGCCCAUCGUGUCCACGGCCUUCUGCGGACCUUUGUCCAACAAAACGGUUUGAUCCGAGGCAUCCGCCGCGUCACCAGCGAUGAUUUCUGCUUCUUUCAAAUGUUGAUGGGUGGAGCCGGGUCCAGCUCUGGUGGUGUGUGUUGCACCGUGACGCUAAACUUCAACAUGCCGGGGUCAUUUGUGCACGAGGUCAUGGUAGUCGGAUCCACCGGGAGACUGGUUGCCAGGGGGGCGGAGCUGUACGGUCAACGCAACGGGAGUAAAGGUGAGGAACUGUUGCUCGGCGACAGUGGGUGGGUGGGACCAGAGGUGAAAGAGAUGCCCCUGCCUCACCUGCGGGGGCUGAGCUCCAUGGUUCAGGCACUGAGACAGUCUUUUCAGGCUCACGAGGAGCGCAGGUCGUGGGCACGAGGACCGGUGGCCACGGCACCAACGUUCGAGGACGGCCUCUACGUGCAGACGGUGGUGGAGGCGGUGAAGCGGUCCAGCUGUAGUGGAGAGUGGGAGUGUGUUGAGAUCAUGAGUCAGGAGCCAGAUCCCAAUCACAACCUGUGUGAGGCUCUGCAGAGAAAUAAGAACUAAAUAUUAUAUUAUCGAGUAUUUAUACACCCAGUGCAACUUAUACAUGUCUGACAAAACUGGGCUCUGAAUGUUUUUCCUUUAAUUACCCAUGACUACUUUUUGAAUUUUUACAUUCUGUCACAUAAUGAGCAGAAUACUUUAAUUUAGAAAACAUGACUGUGUAGUGGAUGUUUGUACCCUUGCAGUUAUGGUUUGUUUGUACACUAAGUUUCUUGCCACAGCUCCAUUAUUCUGAUUCCCAUUUAAAUAGCUACCUGUUUCCGUUCACACGUUUAUUACCUUUGCCGUGCCAAACACUUCAACACAGUUGUUAUUCUCACUGAAGCUUGAAGUCAUGGAGUCAUGACUGCACAUUUCCUGCUAAAUGAGGUUGAUAAAUGUGACCUGUAAGAUAGGCACCACACCUAUGUCAAAUAUUGGCCAAGAGCUAACUUCCAUGGGAGUCAAAAAACAACCUUUCAAUGGAUGUCUGACCCUGUUCCUCACUUUAAUGAUCAUAUCUGGAUACAUUUCUGUAUUUUAAGAAACAUGCAGGUUGUUGUGUUUUACUGAUAAUCAGAGAUAGAUCUAAUAUGCUUAUACUUCAUAUUUGUAAUUAAACAAGAGCAAAGCUCUUCCUGAGGUAGCCACAACAUGUUUGAAUAUUUCCUCUUUAAAAGGUUUUUAUUUAUUAUUUAUAAAGUCAUCAGACCAUCAGUAGUUAAAGUGUUUGCCAGAGUUUACAAUUACACCAAUAAAUGGUCGAAUGGGCAUCAGCACAAUCAAAACAAAGUUGUUAAGUUGGUGCACAGGCUUAUACUUUCCUCUAACUGCCCAAUUUUGGGCCAUGACCAAUUGUUGAGCCAAGCCAUUAAUUUAGUAAUGUUUAGUAAUGUGGCUCAGUGAAGGGCAAAUGUGAGUGUGCAACCAAAAAAACAUUAGAAUUUCUGUUGUACGUAACAUUUAGAUUGAACAUGAAUAGCACCUUAUUCUGAAAGGAAGUGUUUACCUCUGAAAUGAAUGUGAAUAUCAGAGCAUGAGGGUGAUUUGACUAACAAAACAGAAUUCAAAUGAUGUUACAUUGGAGCUCAUCCUCUUUAAACUUCAGAAUAAUGGAGCUGUGCGGAGUUUUGUUUUAUUUUUUUAAUGGUUGAUAAUAAGCAUCCAGUCAAAGAUUGCAAGAGGGGCUUGUAGGUGUUUAAGUUAUGACAUAACACGGCAUACAUAAAAUACCAGGGAUUGAGUAAAAUAAGCUAUGUAGAAAACUGAAUAAUAAAAAGUCUAGUUUGUAGCAUUGCCCCUCAAAAUACCCAAUCCUUAAAGUGAUACCUAAUCUUAAGUCUUUAUUUUGGCUGGAAAGAUAUUUCCUUCUUCACAGACAGAACAGCUAUCAGUGAGCUGGAAGUGUUGACUGCUGCAGUACUACAGUAAUGACUUGUUUUCAUCGUGGAAAAAGGAUCUAAACCAUCUAAACUUCUACCAUAUGUUCAAUCAUCAUUUCAUCAAAAUGUACUACUACCAGGUAUAUAUACACUACUGUAAUGAGGGUAACGCAGUGUUUUUAUAAUAUACAACGUUGGCUGGAUUAAAUGGAACAUAGAAGGACAAAGGUGAAGUGGAUUAUGCCUCAGUGAAAGGGAUUUAUAGGAAUGUUUGGUACCUGUUUUCCACUGUGUGAAAACCCCCCCAAUGGUAAAUUAUUUAACCAUUGACACUGACUGUGAAGAAGGAAACUAGCAUCUUUUUAAAGCCACCUGUCAAGUUUACACAUGAAGUUUACAGGAUGAGCAUUUGAUGCUCGGAUUAUAGAUUUUAAGGUGGAGUAUCGCAUUAAACAGAAACAGGCUUGUUCUAGAAAUGACAGGUUAGUGACCUUUUAUUGUUAAAUUGUCGAAAGUUUUAGAUGCAAACCCUGAGAGUAUUUGACAACUAAAUUUAGCUUAAAAGGUUUGUUUACAUGUGCUAUCCAUUAAAGAAAUGUAAUGUUUUUAUAGUUUAUUGCGAUCUAUGCAUUUAAAGUUAUUACAGGAGACUCGAUUCCCCCCCCCCCCCAUCCCAUACACCAUUCAUCCUGAAACCUUACUGAUCUUUUCGUUGAGUAGAACCACUGGACUAAUUGGCUCAGACCAAGAGAAGGAAGUGUGAAACAGUUUACGUUGUUGUUGUCACUCACUGCAUCUCAGCACUGCUGAAUAUCCUGAGUAAUAUUGGGCCUCAGUGCUCUUACUGCUGAGUCAGGAGGUGAAGACAGAAACAGGGUGUUACUUUGAUUUGAUUGGUCUGUUCCCUUCUUAGGAUGCAUAUACUUUACACGCUUACCUCACGCUAUCCCAACAGUGCUUUACAAAAACAAUGAAUCGAGUUUACAUUCAGUGUCUUUAUGAAACACAUCACAUUUGUCUGCAGGAUGUUUCCUUAACCCACCACUAUUAAAAUGCAUUCCAACUAAGUUUUUA